GGCUAUUUUUAGAUCAUGGGCGAGACCCAGUUUUUGUGUCACUGUCGCUUUGCAGCAUCGCUAUCUUUAGCUCGCAUGUGUAGUAAGUAUAAAUACAACAGUAGGAUGGACGUGGUGAGAAGACGAAACGUACCAGGCUCGGCGAAUCGUAGAUAUAAUACAUGAUUCAUUUUUUACUUCAGAAUUCAGUUAAUCUGAGGUAGAAUGAUGAGUAUCAAGGUGACAGUGGUUGGUGAUGGAGCAGUCGGCAAAAGCUGUAUGCUUAUUAGUUACAACACCAACUCUUUUCCAUCUGAAUAUGUCCCAACAGUCUUUGACAAUUAUGCAGCUAAUAUUAUGCAUAAAGGAAAGCCUUACAGCAUUGCAUUCUUUGAUACAGCUGGACAGGAGGACUAUGAUAGAUUGCGACCAUUAUCCUAUCCAGGAACAGAUGUUUUUCUGCUUUGCUUUAGCGUUGUAAGCAGCGCUUCAUUAGCUAAUGUUCGCUCAAAAUGGGUUCCAGAGAUCUUGCAUUAUUGCCCAACCACACCAAUUGUUCUGGUUGGUAAUAAAAUUGAUUUGAGGAAAUCUGACCCUCCCUCCCUGAUACCACAAAAGGAUUGCAAAAAUGUGGCCAAGGAAUUAGGUCUGCCAUACCAUGAGACAAGUGCCCUUACCAUGGAUGGGUUGAAAGAACUAUUUGAAUAUGUAAUAGAUGUUGCAGUAACACAGAAUACGAAAACUAAAAAAUUGUCUUUGUUUGGUCGAGGAAAAAAUUCAAAGCCUGUUCCCCUUCCUCCUGUUAUGCCCCCUGCUGGCCAAGCUCCAUGGAUUGAGAUUAAAACAUCGCAGUUCGGAGAACACUGGUUGAAUGCGCUCCAGGAACCAAUUCACACAGAUGUGACGUUCCUUGUCGGUGAUCAGCAGAUAGAUGCCCAUAAGCUGGUGUUGUGUUGUGCUUCCAAGUUCUUCGCUCGGGUAUUUGCUGUGCAAGCCCCAUCAACCAAUAACAAAAAGGUCAACAACUCAGACAAGCCAUUCCAGCCAAGUGCCAUUAAUGAAGGGAAGAUUCAAGGACUCGCUGGAAUAUUACAGGAAAAGAAUGAUGAUAAGUCUAUGAAGACGUUUGUCACAAUCAGCGCUGACAUUUCGUACAAGUCUUUCAAGCAUUUGCUUGAGUUUUAUUAUUCAGGACUGCCAUGCCUAGAGCAGAAUGAAACCCAGGAAGAGCUUGAUAAAUUGAAAGCAGUUUCAAGGAUUUUUGAUGAACCAAGACUGGAAGAAGUGAUCAAGAACAUAGAGAAUGAUGAGGAAUUUCUGAAUCCAAGCAUUGGAACUUUCCUUAAUGAUGAGAUGGGUAAACAAGCUAAGCAGAUCUUUCUAAACCAAUCUGGAUUGUCUGACAUCAGGUUCAAUGUAGAAGGUACAACCGUGUUUGCUCAUAAGAUAGUUCUAGCAACAAGAAGCGAAGUCAUGUCGGCCAUGUUUAGCGGGAACUACGCUGACGGCAACUCUGGGGAAGUUUCCAUAACAGAUGCAACUCUGGAGAAUUUUCUUGCUCUUCUGGAGUACCUAUACACGGACCAUUCACCAAUCGAAGGCAAAGACUCUAUUGGAAUUAUGAUUCUUGGUGAUCGGUUCUGCCAACCUCGUCUGAAGAACUUAUGCGAGUUGUACAUCACCAAGGAAGUAGAGGUUGCCACAGCAGAUAGCAUUGCAGGUGCUGAUAUUGAUGUCAUUGGACUACUGAACACAGCUCAACUGUAUAAUUCACAACAGCUCUCCGACUGGUGUCUUCACUUCAUCUCGAGCAAUUACACAGCGUUUGAAGAGAAGCCAGACUUUUGCAAUCUAAGUGACGCGAACAUGGGAUAUGUUACAAAGAAUCGCUGGCCACCUCUAGAUUACCUGAAGGAAGUAAAGGAAUAUGAAAAACUGAUUGCAAAAUCUGGUGAAAAUGAUAAAUGUUUACUCAUGUGAUAAUCUUGCGCUUCAUACUUUCUGUG